AUGGAGGAAGGGCAGCAGCAGGUCAAUGCUUAUACUGAUGAGGACACUGAUUACACUGAUAAUGAAGACUACAACGACGAGGACUACACUCUAGAGCCCGAGACGGCGUCCAAACGCCAGAAGCGCCACACUCCGGAGCAGAUCCGAGAACUCAGAGCUGCAUACCAACAGAAUGACCACCCAGACGAGCCGACACGGUGCGCGCUCGGCGCAAAGAUCGGCUUGGAGGGCAGGCAAGUGCAGUACUGGUUCGAAAACCAGCGUUCCCAGAUGCAGGCGAAGGCUGUGGUACAGAAGAGCAAGGCGGCUCAGCGGGAGAAUGCUGCACUGACGGCCGAGAACAUGUCGCUUCGCAAGGUCAUACUGACCAACUCCUGCUUCUCAUGCGGCGGCGCAAUGGUGCCCGCCGAGCUGCCGGCCGAGAACCGGCGCUUGCUGAGGGAGAACAUGAGGCUCAGGGGCGAGUGCAUACGCGCCACCGCCCUGCUCAACCAGAUCUUGCGCUCGGCACCCCCAGCCGAGCGGCGCCCACCAGCAGUCGUCGCCUGCCGCCCUGUGCUGUCCGUCGGCGAAGGGGCCAGCAAGGCCGACCGCGCUGCUCGUCUCCGCAGGCACGCGGAGGCUGCCAUGGACCAGUUCCUACUGCUCGCGACCAAGGGGGAGCCGCUGUGGCUGCCCACCCCCGACGGUGAGGAGCUCAGCUACCUGGGGUACCAAAAGAAAGCGACACUCCCGGUGCACCAUGGGUUCUGCCCGGACGGAUUCAUCAUGGAGGCCACCAGGGAGACUGGCAUGGUCAGAGCCUUUGUCGCCGACCUCAUCGUCAUGCUUACAGACGCGAAGCGCUGGUCUGAGAUGUUCCCCGGCAUCGUGGCUGGUGUGACCGCCAAUGGUGCCAUCUCCGGUGGCGUCUUGGGUUCACGUAUUCAGCUGAUGAACGCAGAGCUGUGGGUGCAGUCGCCACGUCCGCUCAAUCGCAGCAUCAACUUUCUGAGGUAUAACAAGCGGGUGGCCGAGGGGCAGUGGGCUGUGAUGGACGUGUCCGUCGACGGCAUCCUUGGACCGCUAGGCAGCCGCACCGCUGAUGCCGCCGCUGUUGCAAACAACACAGGCUGCAGGCUGCUGCCGUCCGGCUGCCUCAUUGAGGACAUGGGCAAUGGCUACUGCAAGAUCACAUGGGUUGUCCACGCGGAGUACGACGAGACCGCAGUGCCAACAAUGUUCAGGCCACUGCUCCGCUCUGGGAAGGCUCUCGGCGCGCAUCGCUGGCUCGCGUCGCUGCAGAGGCAGUGUGAAUACCUCGCUGUUCUGCACUCCAUCCAGGUCCCAAGAGGCGACAACGACAACACAGCUGCCAUUUCGUCAAUGGGGAAGAGGGGGAUCCUGGAGCUGGCACAGAGGAUGAUGACGGUUUUCUACUCGGCUGUCUCUGGUCCCGUCACUCAGCCGUCCAGCAACCUCUACGAGUGGCCUGCUAGCGCUGGCACAGGCGCCAGAAGGACUGACGCAGCUGUGCGCAUGGUGACCUGGAAGAAAGCCGGCAGCGUGGCUGACCUGGUGCUGAGCUCCAGCACCACGGUGUGGCUGCCGAACACGCCGCCGCAGCUUGUGUUCCAGUACCUCUGCGAUGGCCAGCGCCGCGGCGAGUGGGACGUCUUUGCCAAUGGCGAGGCGGUGACUGAGCUCUACUCUGUGGCCACGGGCCAUCUCCAUGGCAAUGCUGUCUCCGUGCAAUACUCCAAUGUGAUGACCGAUGGAACCGACAGCAAGAAGGUGCUGAUCUUGCAACAGGCGUGCACCGACGCGUCAUGCUCCACGGUGGUCUACGCUCCCCUCGAAGAGGAUUUCAUGCGUGCGGUCAUGAACGGUGGCGACCACGCCUCUGUCUUCCUCAUGCCGUCUGGGUUCGCCAUCCUUCCGGACGGCCAUGGCAGGGCUCGCCAUGCUCCGCGCUCCUCCAGCGCUCCCGUCGGCCGCGACAACACUGCUGGGUCCCUGCUCACUAUGGCAUGUCAGGCGCUGCUGCCCGGUUCAUCCCCGUCUGACAACCAUGCCGCUGAUGGGGCCUUCGACGACGUUGGCAAGCUGCUCUGUCAUGCACUGAAGAAGAUCAAGGCUGCCGUCAAGGCCAACAUCGUCAUCCCAGCUUGA